CCAAGCUCACAGCGUUCGGAUCGAGGCAUCGGGGCUGCUCGGCGAGGAGCGCAGGCCAGGCCGCGACGGGCGCGAGGCUGGCCCCUCCCCUCCCGCGACGGUCGAGCGCGCAUGCGUCGCCCCUGCCCUCCCCUCCGGUUCUGGAGGGCGGGAGCGAGAUAGAGAGAGGGGAAGUGAGCGAGAUAGAGGGCCGCGCUCUGCCCCCACCACCACUACCACCACCACCCCGUUUAUUUACGUGCCCGAAAAAAUGCAGCAGCAGCGGAGGAGCAGGACACGUGCGGGACUCUACGCUACGAGCCUAGAGCAGGGCGAGCAGGAGCAGCGCGGACAGCCUGCGAGCGGGAGCGGAGGGGAAGGCGCGCCGGCCAAAUACCACAACAAUAGUCGGGCGCGCUUCAGUUGAAUGAGGACUGUCGCGCGGGGAGGACGCACGUCGAGCGUCCGCCACCACCACCACCCUGUGCCAUGGGGGAGCUGCGCCACCAGCGCCGGCCGCGAGUGCAGUGACAGUGUGCAGUGUGUGCGUGUGACCCGCAAACUGGAUUAACCAUCGCCAUGGCCGAGAUUUGGCAGCGCACCCAAAAGGAGUGGAUUAAGACCCUGUGGAAGGCGUACAAGCCGCCCGGAGGCGCCGCCGGCGGCGCGCAGCCCCCAGCGGGCGCCGCUGGACCCGGAGGUCCCAACGACGUCCUGUGGAGUCGCGUGUCUGACAUGGUCGGCUACUUCAACUCUGACCUGGCCGGGAGCGCCCUGGCUGUUGGUCUAGACGGCCGCCCCCGCGACCUGGUGCCCGUCGGCGCCGACUGCACCCUCAGCCCCCUCCGCCCGACCUCCGCCGCGGCCGAGCCCGGCCCCGGCAGCGCGGGCAGCGCCGGCCCCGGCAGCUCCGACGACCCCUCCGUGCGGCGUGUCGUCUGCUCACCGGACCUCCCCGUCUUCUCCCUGACGCCCACCGCCGCCGUCGCGACGCCCACCGCGACCGCCGCCGCCGCCAUGCCCGGAGUGUCGUCCACGGCCACGUCGGAGCCCGAGCUGGCCGCCGACUCGUCGACGUCACCCGCCAACUACUCGUGUAGCAUCUGCAACAAGUCGUUCAACCAGAAGGCCGCGUUCCAAAACCACAUGCGGACGCACGGCAAGGUAGGCGAGGACCCGUACCAGUGCAACAUCUGCGGGAAGACGUUCGCCGUGCCGGCGCGCCUCACCCGCCACAACCGCACGCACACGGGCGAGAAGCCCUACCAGUGCGAGUACUGCAACAAGUCCUUCUCCGUCAAGGAGAACCUGAGCGUGCACCGGCGCAUCCACACCAAGGAGCGCCCGUACAAAUGUGAAAUCUGCGGGCGUGCGUUCGAGCACAGCGGCAAACUCCAUCGCCACAUGCGCAUCCACACGGGCGAGCGGCCGCACAAGUGCAACAUCUGCAGCAAGACGUUCAUCCAGAGCGGCCAGCUCGUCAUCCACAUGCGCACGCACACGGGCGAGAAGCCCUACGUCUGCAAGAUCUGCGGCAAGGGCUUCACCUGCUCCAAGCAGCUCAAGGUGCACAACCGCACGCACACAGGCGAGAAGCCCUACUCGUGCGACAUCUGCGGCAAGUCGUUCGGCUACAACCACGUGCUGAAGCUGCACCAGGUCGCGCACUACGGCGAGAAGGUCUACAAGUGCACCAUCUGCAAUCACACCUUCACCUCCAAGAAGACGAUGGAGAUGCACAUCAAGUCGCACGCCGAGCCCUCGCCGGCGGCCAUGAACGGGGACGUGUCCGAGUCGUGCGCGUCGUCGUCCAGCGACAAGGAGAACAAGGCCGACUCGGACGUGGAGCUCGCGCUGCGGCAAGGGGACGCGCAGCCGUCGCCCACCCCCAGCCCCGGGCCCAGCCCGCGGCCCAGCUCCAGCCCCGGGCCGCAGUACAGCAUGCAGCAGCAGCACGCCGAGUACCAGCAGUACGAGGAGCAGCACCGGCCGCAGCAGCAGUGGAAGGACGAGCCGCAGCCCAACAUGCGCGAGCUCUGCUACUACCUGUACCCCGGCAUGGACAAGCCGUCGGCCUCGUACCAGCCCAGCCACAGCGGCGGCGUCAACCCCGUGCUGCUGGCGGCCGCCGCGGCCGCGGCCGAGCGCGACGCGAGGGACGCGUCGCCCACGCCCUCCAGCUCGUCGCUCACCCUCGAGAUUGACGAGGACAUGAGCCCCGAGUCCUCGGAGCACCGCGACUCUGGCCUGUGCGUGUCGGAGCCUGACGUCCACCUCGUGCCCCAGACCCUGUCGAGGUACACGGAGUUCCGGUCCACGCCGCCAGAGUACCUGGAGGAGCCCACGGAGAUGAUGCGGUUGCCGCUGAGCCCGUCCAGCCCGUCGAGCUCGCCCAGCCCGGCCAGCUCGCCGGACCCCAUCGACCUGGCCGUCGCCCGGAACCAGAUCAACGAGAUGAACCUGCCGGCCAAGAAGCGGGCGCGCAUGAUCCAGAAGUCCAUGGAGUCGGACGUGGUGGCGCCGCAGCUGCGGUAUUCCUCCGUGAUUCAGUUUGCGAGAGCAGGCAAAUGAACUGCGCAAACCGCGCCACCAUUUUUGUUUUCAUUUCAGUUACCAAAUAGAUGAAGUAGGUUUGU